UCGACUAAAAUGAAUAUUAGAUUCAAAGGAAAUGCAUUACCUCAACAGUUAAGCGACUUCAUAAUUUUCUCAGAGACCUUGAUGCUGGAGCCAUGCAAACUAAUCUCCUUAUGAGUGCAAAUUCAUGUAUCAGUGGAACACUUACACAGGCAUUCUAACUAAAUAUUUAACUAAAUACGUUAGAAAUCAAAUGCUAUAUAUUUGAUUUUCCACGACAAAGCCCCAUCAUGGAGUGGUCUGUAGCUCUCGCCCCCCACCUGUAUUCGUUCGCUGGGGCCGCCCCAGGGUUGAGCUCCGCGGCAGAGUUGGCGCUGAACGCCAGCCUGCUACAGAGCAGCGCUGUUCCCUCAUCUCCGGACAACGCUUCGUGGACAGACAAUUUGGCAAACUUCGAGGCGAAUUAUACCGAUGAAUUAUACGAUCAAGAAUACACAAAUAGCAGCGAAGACUCCGACAAGAUCGCCUGGGGCAAUUCUUCGUCGCCACGGCAAUGCAAAUUCGAGCCUCGAGCUCUCAGCGUCUCUGCUUACGACUACCCGUACAGGAAGAGCACUUGGAGGAACAUCACCGCCGCUGAGGCUGUUAAGAUAACCCUGUACGUGGUGGUGUUCCUGGUUGCUGUAACGGGUAACCUGCUCGUCAUCCUGGUCGUCCACUACAACGCUAACUUGUGGAGCUCAACCAACCGAUACCUGGUGAACCUGGCGGUGGCUGACCUGCUGGUUGCCCUGUGCUGCAUCUGGGUCCAUCUGGUGCGACACCUCGCGUCCCCGCACUACGUCCUGCCUGCCUUCGUCUGCAGGCUCGACAGCUUUCUGCAGGCGACGACGCUCUCAGCCAGUGUGCUGACCCUGACAGCAAUCAGCGUGGGGAGGUUCGUGGCGGUUAUGUUCCCUCUACGCGCGCAUACCUCGCCAGACCGCGCCUACAGGGUCAUCCUGCUCAUAUGGCUGGCGUCUGCUCUGCUGGCCUCUCCCCUUCUGCUGUACAGGCAGCUCUACAGCAUAGAGUGGAAAGACUUCAGGCUGUGGCAAUGCGACGAGUUUUGGCCUAUGGAAGGUCAUUACGACAAGCACUUGAACAAGUGCGUAGUCACGUCCGAUCCAAAGAAGCUCUUCUACACUUUCUUCAUCAUUGCUAUUUACUUCAUGCCUGUCACAAUCAUGGUGGCAAGCUAUAGCCUGGUAGUGUGGCGGCUGUGGGCGUCUAAGCUCCCAGGAGAGCAGUGCGCCGAGUCACGUCUCACCGUCAGCAGGAGCAAGAAGAAGGUCGUGAAGAUGGUGACGGUGGUGGUGGUCGUCUUCGUGGUCUGCUGGACACCGUUGCAGUCGCUCAUCCUCUACACUAACUUCAAAAGAGAUGAUGUUCAUCUGCCCGAGUGGUUCGAGACGGUGGAGUACAUAUCGUACUUCAUCGCGCACGCCAACAGCGCCAUCAAUCCCAUCAUCUACUGCAGCUUCAACAGCAGCCUCAGGCAGGGCCUGCUAGCUCUCCUUACCUGCAGCCACAGCCGACGAAGUUCUUUCCAUCAGCGACGAACGAACUGGAGGUGCACGACGGCCGGCACGCGAGAGACCACAUUUGGGGCCUCCGGCGCCGAGCCUGGAGUUCUGAGUCAUGGCAACCCUUCCAUGAAGAGAGCCAAUGCUAGGGUGUUGCGGUCUGGCAAAACCACCGGAUCGCUACGCUCGACUGCAGCCCACAACACAUCAGGCGGUCAACCGGUGACGCUCAUCACCAAAGUUGGCCGCAUGCCGAAUGAAGUGUCAGUAGCAGAGUCUCCCCGCCACCGCAAGAAGAAGCUGGAGCGCAACUCGAGCGGCUUCUCCGUAUCUUCCAGCACCUCCAGUGCAGGCGACUGCAGCUGCUGCCACAUCUGCAACAAACGAAGGCUAUCUCGUGCCUAUGAUCCAAACCGACAUUCCAGAGAAAUUGCUUCUGAUAUUGCCAACGUGCAGUUGGAAAGCUUCAAUAUUGCUAACAUAGCGUUGAAAAAAGAAAAUAUCAAUGAGAUCGUCAAGCUUGCUUGUCGAACAGAAGUCGAAAAUGAGCAUUGCCAAAGUUUAAUAGUUGAAUCUGCCAAAUCGGAAACCAUUCCCUGCCUAAGUUAUGAAAUACUGACCAGAAGUGAUAUGAAAUUGCUUACAAACAAAUCCAAGAACAGUUCGGUUUCUUGCAGCUCCCUAAACGCCAUUAAAAUGUAAUUGAUUUGCUUAUCGCUGCUUGUUAUGCGAUGCAAAUUAUAUUUAUUUUUUAUCAAACGAAUUAUCUAUUUUCAUCGUUGCAGUACGUAAUGAGGAAUUCUCAAUACCGAUGUUAUACAUAUUUAUCGUAGAGCUCCUAACACAGUGUUCGAUAGCAACGCAAGGCACGAAGAAAAUAAAGGAACUGUACAAGAAAUUUUUCGACAAAUCAAGAAUAUGGCACCGAAUUUUCAGUUACACGACAAUUUUUCAUGUAACUUGAUAAUUCGUUCUCUGUGUGUUCAUGAUAUUAUAAACAUAAAAAUAUUCCCAAGUCUGUGUAAAAUUUCACAUAAUUGUACAUAGAUUAGCCUAACCAUUGUACAAAAAACAUUUACCAUUUAUCAAUUCAUGUUUCCUUCUAUAUUUCGUAAACUUAUAUAGAUUUUAUUUGAAAAGAAGGCUGCAUUUAUGAAUUAAUUUACUUUCAUAUGAUCAGUUCUAGAGUGAAAGUAUACAAACAUUUUUACUAAAUAAAUAAUUAAAUUCAUAUCAAAAAUUAAUGAAUUUUUCGUGGUUUAUAACAUUCAUAAUUUUGACUGAAAUAUUACUCGACCCCAGAAAAAAUUCAUCCCUCAUCGCGUAAGCUUCCAGUUUUGUAUACCGCGUGAUAUUGUACCAUAUGAUUAACAUAUGGAGUGCUGUUCUCCUAAUAACCGUACAAUUAAGUUUCUAAUAUUCUCAAUUUUAUUGUAAAAUUCUUUA